GCUGCCAUCGCAGAUAUAGCUUCUGCGAAGCUUUUCAAACCUGAACCACUCUGUUGCUGUGCCUAAUAGCCCCAGCACGAACUGGUUCGUAGCAUAUCGCGCGCAAGAGGCUGAAGCGUCGCGCUCUCAACCGAAGAAAAAAAGAGUGUUAAGCGAAGUGCGCUCACGCCCAACGACGACCACUAGCUAUCAUUCUAUACCGUUACGCACGAAUGACUUGAGCAUAUAUCGGUUAACGUCCACGCAAUAGUGUAUCGUUGUACUUUCUAGUCAGUCACAUUAUCUGCCACACUCAUUUCUACCGGCACAAUUCCUUAGCGUAAAUCUUCGCGAUAUGAAGAUCAAUUAGAAAUAACGACAACAAUAACAUUCAUCGUAAUAAAAUGCCAAAAACAAUAUAGAGCGUAACCACAAAAUAGACGAUCUCUUACGUGAGAUCACUAAGGUGCGCCUGAAUAAUUGCAGUCAUCUUUGUCUUCAUCAUCAUCAUCAUCAUCAGGAUCAACGCCGACGAAGAAGAAGCCUUUGUGGUGCGUAAAAUACGAACCGAAGUCACUUACAGUUGUAUUCGUGCGGUGUAUACAAGUUCGACGUUUGAGCUCAAUAGGAACGUAUUGUAACGGUCGCAUGAAGGGUGCUUUGGUGUUAGAUUGAUGCGGGGGGUAUCUGAAAAAAUCGUCUUUGAAGCAGACACCUUCAUUGAGUAGUCUACCGGAAAGAUGAUAAUGAAGUGCUCAGUGCUGUUCCUUGUUAGUGUUGCGGUAUACGGAGUAUCGAGUGCGGAUCGCGCCCUCAAACGAUACCCCCGGCAAGUAGAGUAUGCAGAGGUGGGCAAUGCGGCGAGCGCAGGGUCGCCACCGUUUGGCCCAGGCAACUACGCCAUCCCACAGUUCGGCCAAUCACCCCCCCGCCCUCCCACAAGCUAUCCGGGUGAUCUUAGUCCUUUCCUCUCGUCAGCCGAUGGUGGCGGCGGCGCCAUUGAAGGCGACCGAAAAGCAUCUCGUCAGACCCGAAAGAUCGACGGUUUUGCGCCCGAUAACUUCCCUCUACCUACAUUUCGUCAAGAACCCAAUGGACCUCCUUCCUCAACUGUAAUCCUCCCCGAUCCUACAACACAGCUACGUUCUCAACCGAAUUCUUUCGCUGAUUAUUUUCCGCCAACUUCUCCACCGUUUCAAACUCCUGUCGGGGACUUCCCAUCGCUUUCGUCUCCUCAGAGACCCCCUCAGUUCUCGUUUCCAGUAACACCGCCAAGACCAUCUCUAUUUUCAUCUCCCGUAACGCCUCAAAGGCCUGCGCGGCCUUCUGUGACAGCUUCGCCUAGACGACAUUUUUCUAGUCCUAUCCCGAAUUCGCCUUCACCACCCGCAUUGCAUGUGCAGCCUUCAAGUCAUAAUAAUCCUAUUCCCCCAUUUGCUUUAGCAUUCUCCGGGGGUCAACCUUCUGGUCCACCACAAACAAGACCUGAUUCAUUGUCCCUAGGGUUCGAUGAAGGACGGCUUUCUUCCAAUCUACCUGCACGUCCGGAUGUUGAUAUCAUCCCGCAACGCACACAGCCAAACUUGCAGGCUCCACUUCACCUCAAAAAUGAGCCAGCCCCAGCUUAUAAUCCUAUUAGUGGUUCCGAUGAGACUGUAGUGCUGCCAACGCCGGGUCAAUCAUUCCGAAACCUUCGCCAGCCGAUCAACACCGUCGCAGUACCUCCUCAGUCCCCUUUGCCAGCCGGAAGUCCUAUUGGCGCUGUGGUAGCUCCGUUCCCCUUCGGAGACGCCGACGAUACUUCACGAAGGCCAGUCAAGCCACCGGCGCACAACAUCCCUGAAAGGCGUCCCGUUCGACCUUCGGUCGAGCCCCCUCCUCGUCCUCAAUCGAUAGCCCCUUCUCCACGACCAAAGCCGGUAGCCCCCCCAACGAGGCCGCAACCAGUUCCUUUCCCGAGACAGCUUCCAGAAAUUGCUCAGCAGCAACAGGACAUUUCCCGUCAAUCACAUACGCGACGCGGACCUCGUACUCAUGCCACAUCCCUCGAUGAGCCAAAUCUACCCACUUCCAGAUCGCGGCCGACGCAACCAUUGGUGAAUCCUUCAGCAGUACCUUCACAACCUAUUCGUAGCACUGUACCACCUUCACCCCCGAAAAGACUAACUUUACCAAACCAAGACAGUGCGCUGGUACCUCCGAACCGUCGCAGUAAACCUUCUCGCACUCAUUCGGUUUCAAGUUCACCGCUUCCACCACCUCCAGCCACUUCCCCCGCUUCAUCGGUUACCUCUGUCUCGUCUGUCUCUCCCCCAUCAUCCGAGGUCAAACCUACUCCCCGUCAAUUGCUACCGGAUACCCCGCAGUCACCUUCGACUAGGCAAGAUGCUCUAAAACAUGAUCUAGCUCCCAUUGAAGCUUUACCAGUAUCGGGCUCUGGUAUACCAGUAGCUUUACCUCCAGGCGUUCCUGCGACUUACGACCCUAACAACCCGUAUCCUGUACCCAGAAAGCCCCUCCCAGGACCUGCGCCACCUCAGCCGUUGCCGGGUAACACUCAGCUGCCAAUCCUCGACAAUAUACCCUAUCCCAAACCACAACAAGAACAGCAGCCUAGCCCACUGUCCAAAAAAGCUCCGACUUCCACGUCCAUUGAUAACCAUAACCACCGGCGCAAAAAACAGCUGAAUACUUCCCCUGUAUCGCAAGACACCCAAGCAAGCAGAUCGCCUAUAUCGUCGUCGGUAGAAUCAUUUCAACGUUCCCACUCUCCGUCCCUCACACACGAAGAGCCACCGUUGAGUGCCUUGGUAUCCUCUGAAGUAAAACCCAAUCAAGACGUACCCAAUAGACCAAAGAACAAGCGUCGGUCUAAAAACCGAAGAAGACCGACAACUUUGUCUCCUCUUCCUGACGCCGCCGAUAUCACAACCGCUGCCCUUUCAACGACUACUUUGCCUCCACCAUUAUCAAUGCCGUCGACACUUGCGGGAUUAAACAUAGGACCUCUACCAUCACCCCCGCAGAGCCUGGAAGGUCCGCCCCCACCAUUAUCGGUUCUCACGCCAGAGACAUCCACCCAACGUCCCGAUCAAGUGCAUCCGAAGCGUCGCCGUGGACGCCGCAGGAAGAACCGAAAUCAGCGUCAGGACAAGUCCGAAUCAAACUUAGAUGGCUCCACUGAGGGUUCGUCUUCGGGACUCACAAUCAGCGAAAUCGGUAGUGGUGCCCUUCAGGACGGGCCAACUGCAUCGCGGGGUCGUCGCGUGAGGAAUCGACUGUGAUUAAGCAUAGCUGACACGAACUUAACGUCCUUUUGUUAUAUUGUGUGAUUAAACAGUUUACAUACUGUGAAGUAGAUCAACUUGUUAGGACGGUUAAGGGACAUGCACCUCCAGAUAUUGUACUACAGACUAUGAGAAACAAUAAUAAGAACACUCAGCUAUUUCAAGACCGAGGAAGCAAAAAAUAUUAAUAGUCGUCUAAACGUCUUAUCUGCUGAUCCUGUAAGCUACAGUGGGUAUUGGAAUAGGAAGAAGGUGAUCUGUGUAAUACUGCGCUAUAAGAGAGAUGAAAAUCGAUUUAAAUUUUACUGUGCCUAGAUGGUAUAAUCUGACGUAUGUAAAAGUGACACAACAUGCUCCGCAGUACCCUAUUACUGUCAUAUCUUAUAGACGACAACUAAUGUUUGCCAUAAUAUAUAGAACGUAUUACCAAAGUGUGAGACUUACUGACUGUUCCAUUUCGCAAAUAGAAUAUAUUCCGAAGACGGUAUAUCGUAGAGAAAUCGGCUUUAUCAGAUAGCGCGUCAAUAUUGCGAUCCCUUCGAGUCUGCCAAAUAAAACAUAUGCCAUUUAUCUCCGUGAUCGGGCCCAAAAACUAAAUAUAAACUAAAAUAAUAACUAUUUUUGAUAAUAAAAUAUGAAAGAUAUAUCUGUUAUGAAAAUA